CUCUCUUCAAUUCCGAGUAUAGCGAAAACAAUCGGAAUAUGUGAAGAACCUAAUCGGGAGGACUUCCGAGAGAUAAUUUUUCGUUCAGUGUAUCAAUCGAAUACGAUCAGUGACAACCUUAAAUAUGUUAGUAGAGGUAGACCGCGAAAAUACGAUGAAAAAUUACGUGGGCAACGAUCUGAAAAUCAGACUUUUCGAAAACACGGAACAACUGAUGUUAGUUGGAAACAAUAUAAGAGUCAAAAUUCAAAGGAACGAGGGAAAAAUCAACAUUGUGGGUGAUAACUGUAGGGUGGACAUUCAAAGUGGUGCCGGUCAAGUUAAGUACACUGGAAAUAACGGAAAAUUCAAUUUCGGCCAGGAAGACACCGAAAGAAAAUUCCAAUACAACGGAAACAACGUUUGUGUUAAUUCCUCCAAAGAAAAUACGUCGAGGGACGAUGACAAACAUCAUGCUGAAGAAAAGGAAGGGCGAGGGAGAACUCAAAGAUGCAAAUGUAAUCCUAGUAGUAGAAACAUCACAAUUUCAAAUUCAAAACACGUAAGGAUUAAUUCGAAGACGACUGGAUUUCGAAAAACUAAUCCUGAAGAAUCUACUCCAUGUGGAAAUAUUUUCCAAUCUUAGCAAUGAAAAUUUUAGUAAUUUAAUUCAUUUACUGUAAUCUAUACAUACAUAGAUAUGUGAAUGUUGAAAAUUUCUAUUGCAUUCCUGUUCAAGACUUCUCCUCAGUUCCUAUGUAAUCGAGUAUAUAAUUUAUUUGUAUUUAUGUAUAUCAAUAAAUUCCCUACGAAUA